AUGGCCAGCCAAAAGCAAUUCAACCAAGAGACCAAUGGCGCUGAAGUCGUCACUUUAUUCCCAAAGUCUGUCGCUGACAAGACAUUUGUUAUUACCGGCCCAACACCAGGCGGACUGGGAGCUCAAACAGCUUUGCUACUUGCUGCAUCUAAGCCAGCAACUAUUCUCCUCCUCGGACGCGACGAAUCUAAAGCCGCACCUACCGUAGAAUCAGUGAAAGCGGCUUCUCCAAGCACAACCGUUAAAUUUGUUAAUUGUGAUCUCGGAAAGUAUUCAUCUAUCAAAGCUGCAGCUGAAUCUAUUCUGGCCACCACUCCCAAGAUCCACACUCUGAUCAAUAAUGCGGGUGUCAUGGCCCCAGCCGAAUACAACACUACCGCCGAAGGUCUGGAGGUUCAAUUUGGUGCAAACCACGUGGGGCAUUUCCUUCUAACAAACCUUCUUAUGCCAGCUAUUAUUGCUGCUGCAUCUGAAGGAGCACGAAUCGUCAAUCUUUCCAGUAUGGGAUGGUCAUUGGGCGAAGUUAGAUUCGAUGACUAUAAUUUCAAUGACGGGAAAGACUAUGACAAAUGGUCAGGGUAUGGCCAAAGUAAAUCGGCAAAUAUUCUAUUUACCGUUGAGUUGGCAAAGAGAUUGAGAAGCAAAGGAGUACAUGCAUUUGCUGUUCACCCUGGCGUUAUCAUCACGAAUUUGGUAAGAGAGAUGGAUCCGGAGAAAGAUUAUGGCACUAUGACCGAACGUUUCAAUUCCAGAGGAUACAUAAAGACGGAUGGCUCAUUCGCUUGGAAGACCUUAGAAGCAGGCACAUCAACAACAUUAGUUGCGGCUCUUGACCCAGCUUUGAAAGACCACUCGGGUGCCUACCUUGCCGAUUGUCAAAUUGCUGAAACGGCAGAUUAUACUACCAAUCCUGAGUACGCAGAGCGUCUAUGGGCGCUGAGUGAGAAGCUCGUAGGACAAACAUUCGAUUUGUAA